UUUGGUUUUGUUUUCGACCUUCCGCUACUACUUUUAUCUCAUUCACAAAACACAUUCCCUUGCUAGCAUGUCGGAAACCAAAACAAAUGCCAUGCGGGAAAUUAAGGUCGACAAGUUGAUUCUCAACUGUUGCGUUGGUGAAUCCGGUGAUCGACUCACCCGUGCUGCCCGUGUGUUGGAACAACUGACCGGCCAGCAGCCCGUCUUCUCCAAAGCCCGUUACACUCUCCGCUCCUUUGGAAUCCGCCGUAACGAAAAGAUCGCUGUGCACGUGACUGUCCGUGGCGAGAAAGCACUCGAAAUUUUGGAACGCGGUCUCAAAGUGAAAGAGUACGAACUGUUGCAAAAGAACUUUUCCGACACUGGCAACUUUGGUUUCGGUAUCAACGAACAUAUUGAUCUCGGCAUCAAGUACGAUCCCACCACAGGUAUUUACGGGAUGGAUUUCUUCGUUUGUCUGACGCGUCCCGGUGCUCGGGUUGCCCGACGCAAGAUUCGUCAGGGGCGAAUUGGUUUCAAUCAUAAGAUUACCAAGGAAGAUUCUAUCAAAUGGUUUCAGGAUAAAUUUGAAGGCGUCGUUCUGGCGAAGGAAGCUUAAGUGUGUAAUACAAAGAAAAUUUUCACGCCUUUUU